GGGUUAGGAUAUCCAAGUAUUACUGACUGUAUACUUCAAAAAUUAACUAUUAAUUUAUCAGAACCAAAUAUAAAUAAAUCAUAAAAAGCAAAAAAACCAGAUGAACGAUAAAAUCUUACGUCUAAAUAGUCCAAGAAAGGUUGAAGAUAAAUGCGAGUUUUUUUUUUGUCGCUGGGUGGGGUGUUCAUUGUAGCAAUCUUAUUACCAAAUGAUUCAAUAACAAACCAAACCACGCGUCUUCUAAACAAAUGCAAACUUAUUCAAGGCUAAUUAAAAGCUGAGCUUGCAAAAAGACAUUUCAUAAACACAAAAAUAAACCUUCACCUUACACGUUCGUGUUAGGUGUCAAGUUACAAUUUUGUUUAAAAGACUGCAAAAACGAUAAAAAGUAAUCACUGUUUAUCAUACAUUUCCAAUCAAAUCAUCAUGGGGCACACAACAAAUGUGAUGAUGAUUCUAAUGAGUAUCAUAUCGUUAAACCAGGCUCAGCAAUUUGAGAUUCCAUCCGAUCUUCUCUUGCCUUGUCAUUCAGAUGUUUAUGGAUACCCAAGUCAACCAAUAGAAGAACCUUCUUAUGAUAUGCGACCAAAACGGCAACAAAAAAUGAGCUUGGGAAACAAAAUUGAAAGCUUAAAAAGAGUUUGUGGUAACCAAGUUGGUGUUCCUUUAAGUCAAAUACCACGAGAUUUAUUAAACGAAGAAAAUCCAACUCGAAAAGUAAAAUGCGUAAUGGCAUGCAUUUUACAACGUUUACAAUUGAUGACUAAGAAUAAUCUCAUUUCUACUCGUGGAAUUGAAAAAAUGGCUGAUGAAGUUGGCAAUCAUAAUCCAUUGAUAACGGCAAUUGCAAUCGCUCUAGCAGAAGAUUUUAAUGAACGUUUGACGGCCAUGCAGAUAAAUGAUCCAUGUGAAGCAGGAUUUCUUAUUAAUCAAUAUAUUGCCCAAGAAAUGAGAAAAAGGAAAAUCGAUGUUCCUUAUUGAUUUUUUUAUGUAGUUUGUUGUGAUUUUAAAUAAGUUAUUAUUUAUUUGAUUGUGAUAUUUAAUUUAAAUAAAUUAUUAUAACUAUAUUUCUAAAAA